AUGAAGUUCCUCACCGCCAUCACCCUCUUCGCUACCGCGGCCAUGGCUGCCCCCAACCCCGAGCCCUGGUGCUGGCGCGUCGGCGAGUCUUGUUGGAAGGCCAAGCGCGCCAACGAGGCCUUUACCCUUGCCGUCCGCUCAGUCGAUGGCAUCGAGGCUCGCAGCGACGCACCCAACGGCAUCCCCAACGAGCUUGCCUACAAGGCCAUUGGCGGUCUCGAGAACCUCGCAAUCCUUGUCGCCCAGGCUUCUGAGGACCCUUCCACCUUCUUCGGCAACCACACUGAGCCCGCCAAGCGCGACCUCCAGGAGGAGAAGCGCUGGUGCUGGAGAGUCGGCGAGUCUUGCUGGAAGGCCAAGCGAACUGAUGAGAUUCAGGAGGACAAGCGCUGGUGCUGGCGUGUCGGCGAGUCCUGCUGGAAGGCCAAGCGUGUCGCCAUGGCUGUUCUUGAUGCCACUGUCGAGGGUGAUGUCAAGCGAAGCGUCGACAAUGAAGAGUCUCCUGCCAAGCGCUGGUGCUGGCGAGUGGGCGAGUCUUGCUGGAAGGCCAAGCGCAACAUUGAGUUUAUCCAAGACCAGGCCCGCAGCCUCAUCGAGUCUCUGGAGUAA